UUACCCCAAGGGCACCGUCUAUCGACUCAAUCAGAGAAGAGAGUCUACGUGCCGGUCGUCGUUGGGAUCAAAUCAGCCGGCCAGGCCCCCUGCUUCUCCAUGAGUCCGUUAGAAGGCCUACCCAGGUUUCUCCCCAUGGGUGGCCAAAGGAUGCUUGUGACUGUCAGGGACGGAGGGAAAUGAUAGUCUGAGUUUGGUGACUUGGCUUAUACUUAAUAGCAUGCUGGCGUUCCCAGACUCUACGAGCCCGUCCCUUCUCCUCUAGCAUAAUUCUACCUAAUUGUCGUCAGCUACUCACGCCGUCAUGGUAUUGGUACAGGAGGUCGACGAGAAGAAGCAGGGCUCCCUGCCCGAGGCUGUCCUCCUCGAGGACAAGAGCCUCUACUCCGCCGAUUCACCUAGUUGGACGGAAGAAGAGGAGACUGUUGUACGCAGGAAACUCGAUCGACAACUUGUUCCCAUGCUCACCAUAUUAUAUCUCCUCUGCUUCCUCGAUCGGGUAAAUAUUGGCAACGCACGGAUUCAGGGGCUGUCGGAAGAUUUGAACCUCGUUGGUUACCGCUUCAAUAUUGCUACAAGCAUCUUCUAUGUCGUGUAUCUCGUGGUGGAGGUACCCUCAAAUAUCCUCCUUAAACGCGUUGGCCCACGGUUCUAUAUUCCAUCUUUGGUUCUUGGGUUUGGGGCCGUGUCUAUAGGAACAGCAUUCGUGCGAACCUAUGAGCAAUUAGUAGGAGUGCGAGUAUUGCUGGGUGUGUUCGAGGGUGGCGCCUUUCCUGGCAUUGCCUUUUAUCUGAGCUCGUUCUAUAAGAGAAAAGAGCUGUAUUUCAGAGUUGGUAUAUAUGUAUCUGCAGCGUCGGCCGCCGGUGCCUUCGGUGGACUGCUUGCUGCCGGAUUUUCACAAAUUCCAGAAUGGGGGAUUGCUGGGUCAAAAUUGCAUACAUGGCGUAAUAUAUUCUUCUUCGAGGGGAUAAUUACCGUGAUAGCAGCCAUAGUGGCGCCAUUCAUCCUACCACAAAGUCCAGAAACCGCCAACCACCUAUCCACACGUGAGAGGUGGAUCGCUGCUGAACGGGUUCGUCUGGAGCACAAGGAAUCCAGCAAUGAGAAAGUCGAGAUGCGUCAUAUCAAACGUGCAGUCAGCAACAUCAAUAACUAUAUCUGUGCAGCUGGGUUCUUCUUCAUCAAUAUCACCGUUCAAGGACUAUCUGUGUUUCUUCCGACUAUCCUACAGGAGAUCGGGUAUCGCGGGUUGACAGCACAAUAUUACAGCGUUCCCGUAUACGUUGCAGCAUCGCUCAUUGCUAUUGCUAUUGGAUACAUCAGCGACAAAACAAAAAUGCGCGGUAUAUACCUCGCAGGCUUUACGAUCUUGGGAAUUACAGGGUUCGGCUUGUUGCGCUGGGGCAGCGGUAGUCAGCUUAAAUAUGCUGCUGUUUACCUCUGUGCGGUGGGCGCAUUCCCAGGUGGCCCCGGUUUCCUCUCGUGGGGUAUCAAUAACGCCGCCGGGCCGUCCGUUCGUGCCGUAUCCAGUGGCUAUAUCGUCUCCCUCGGGACGGCGGGAGGGAUUCUAGCUGUUUGGGCCUAUCUUCCAAGCGAUGCUCCCAACUUCCCUAUAGGGCAUUCCAUCAACUUUGCUGCUCAAGUCGUUGUAUUGUUUCUUUCCAUCUUUGGUAUUUUCUACUGCCUACGCGAAAACCGCCUCCGGGCACAUGGUGGUCGCGAUUAUCGGCUCGAAGGGCUCACGGAGGAAGAAAAGGCUGAUCUCGGAUACAGGCACCCGGAUUUUAGGUACAUCACUUAGUUACUCCGUGGUUGGAGAAAGACACGGACCUUUCCUCACUCUCUUGUCGGCGUCGUCUCCACGAAGGAACUCAUUCUGUCGUAUAUAAUUAAAGUCCAUGUAUCAUUACCGGAGAAGCUGCAAAGGAGCAUGAGCGAUGUUGUGAUUUCUG